GAAUACCCCGCCGAGCCAACUGGAAGUAUUUAAAGACGUUAAACAUGUUCAGGUACAGCUACCCAGCGGUUUACCCUACGUAACGUUGGUUAAUAGUUACGAGUCAAAAUAUGUUUGCGUUUGAGCGGUGUUCGUUUCACUGGGUUAGCUAGCUAGCUGCGCCCCAAGGAGGCGUCACUGUGAUGGGAGGCUGUUUUGAUAACACCCAUAAUUACUGGCGACUUUGUUAGUUAUCUGGUUACUGUGUAGAACCAUAACAUGCCCAAGCACGUGACAGGCUGGACUUUCGAUGCUCCAUUCGAAAUAGCUCAUAAACCCGACGUCUGGUUUAAUCGAAGGGGUGCCUGAGCGAUCACGGAAGUGAGGGUGAAUGUUUGUCUCGUUUCAACGCCGUCUUCGUUUCGGAUGAACCCCCAACAUCAGUGUCGUGAACAUCAGAGGUCCCCGGUUUCUACUGCAAUUACACGGUAUAAUGCUAAAGAUCAAGAGUAACACAUGUGAAGAGAGACAAGUGAAGGAACUCUGAUCCACCAUGGGAAACAGGCCAUCAAAGAGUGGCAGCGGAGAGGAACCUGUCAAAACAACUUUGUUUGAAAGGGAGCCAAGUGGGAUAACGUACAGAAUUCCUGCUCUGAUCUACCUGAGGCACUGUCACACCUUCCUUGCAUUUGCUGAGAAAAGAUCCUCGCCCUUUGACCAUGAUGCCAAAAUUCUUGUGAUGAGAAGAGGAACGCUGAAAGAAGAUGGAACUGUUCAGUGGUCCUCCAGUCAAGAGCUGACAACAGCAUGCCUAUCAAACCACCGCACUAUGAAUCCCUGCCCAGUCUUUGAAAAAAACAGCAAAACUCUGUUUUUAUUUUUCAUCUGUGUUUGGGGAAACACAAAAGAGAAUAAGCAGAUCAUCACAGGUAAGAACAAGGCACGUCUCUGCUGUGUUAGCAGCAGUGAUGAUGGGCAAACUUGGAGUGAAGUGAGAGACUUAACAGAGAGUGUGAUUGGUGAGGCUGUCCACAAGUGGGCCACAUUCGCUGUAGGUCCUGGCCAUGGUGUUCAGCUGGAGAACGGCAGACUGAUCAUCCCUGCGUACGCUUAUUAUGUCCCUUACAGAUGCUGUUCAUUCCCAAUCCCUUUUACAGUCUACCCACGGGCUAUGUCAGUUUACAGUGAGGACUUUGGACAGACAUGGCGCAUAGGUAAGAUGCUUCAAAAGAAGUCAUGUGAGUGUGAAAUGGCAGAGAUAAUUGAUCACGAGGGCAGGAGUCAUCUUUACUGCAAUGCUCGUCGCAGCGGAGGCCACAGAUGUGAGGCUCUGAGUGAAAACAGCGGCGUGUAUUUUGACAAGCCCCACAUGGCUUCAGAGCUGGUGGAGCCACGUUGUGGCUGUCAAGGCAGCGUCAUCGGUUUCCCUGCUCCUGAAUUUGUCCCUAAUGACGAUGCUGAAAGCAAAGCUUGCGGAACGUCGCUCUUGUCACCAGACACACAAACCUGGCUCCUCUUCAUGCACCCGACUAACAAGUCCAGCAGAAGGGACAUGGGUGUGUAUCUGAACCGGUCCCCUCUACACUCAUCUGGAUGGGACCGGCCCAGGAUUGUCCACAGCGGUCCCAGCGGCUACUCAGACCUGGCUUACAACGGGGACAAGGAUCAGUUUUCGUGCCUGAUGGAGUGCGGGAAAGAAAGUGAACUGGAGCAGAUAGCUUUCAUGUCGUUUUCCCUCAAUGAUGUCAUGCAGACGGGCAGUAAGAAAGACAAGAAGAUGCGCUGAAUCGUGGUCGUUUUAUUUCUGUAUUAACGAAGCUCUCUAAUGUUCUCCUGCAACCUAAAAAAGGACAAAAACAAAUCCAAGCCGAAGCCACUAAAUAUACUGUGCAGUAACAUCCGUCUGUGUUUACUAUCGUUCUACAUUCUGGAGAUGAUAAUGCAUGCAUGAGUCGUGUGUUUUGUUGUCUCCUGGUUUACAUGAGAAAGUAAUUCAAGUCUUAAUAUUAUUAAUAUGCAACAAGCUGUAAAAGGAAAGAAAGAGUUUUUAAUAGAUUGGGGUGGUUUAUUUUAAGCAUGCUGUCAUUUUUAAAACAGGCUUUGUGUGUAGCAUGUUUGAUAAGCACUACAUACCCAUUUUUGCAUCUUACUGAACUGUCAGUAUUUUCUGAGCAGUGGAGAGAAUUUGCCUACCUCUUUUUAUUUUCAUACGACGAUCAUAGCAGGCCUUGUAAAGAAGAGCGUAGAGUUUCCUCCGUGCUCAGUCUCUCCUUUACAUUUAGUAUACUCUGAUUCACAUAUGCCUUCUACGCCGCUGUUCAAACGUAGGCCGUGGCGCCGCCUGUCAGUACGCGACCUUUUCUGGAGGUUGCAACGUCGCCAACAAAACUGGAAAGAAAAGGUUCGCUUUCCUUUUUUUACAUUCAGCUUUUCAGUGAAGAGACCAAUGAAACUGAGCCGCAUCUGUGAGUUUUUAAGACAGCUGAUGGAUUCAUAGAGACGGGCUUUCUAAGAGAUCCAUCCAGAACAUUUGGGCUACUUUGUACUGUACACUGAUUUUUUUAUUACGCUCAUCUCCAAAAGCAAUAUCUCACUGGGUAAUAUUAUUUAUUUUCCGGCACAUUUGGCAUGACUCUGUGACCAGGCUUUUUUUUUCUCCUUAGCACUAUUCAUUAAACGCAGCGUUACGACAAGAUAUGAUUGGCUUGUUGUUGGUUGUCAAAUGAAAGCAUGUAACAGCAGAUGACGAUUCACUAUUUAUGAAGCCAUUAGGAAUUUGCACAUACAGACUAUUGUAAUGAGUGACUUUAAACAUCCAUCUUUGCCUAUUGUUGUGAGGCAGAACGCCUUGAGGUGGUACUACACUAGUUUAAUUGUGUUUCUGUUGUGGAAAGUGACAAAAACCUGCAUGAAACAUGUAUUUUAGUAGAAAAUAAAAGUAACCUGUGAUCACCUGA